GAUAUUUCAAACUGUCCAUAUAGAAACUAUUUCUCAAAAAAUGUGUAGCCCCUGAUGGCAUAUAACACAUGUAGUUCAUGAAGUCCUUUAAAUUAAGUCCAUCCAAUUUUCUCAACACGCACAUGGAUAAACGAGAAAAAAGUGCACGCUGCAGCUGAGAGGACUUGGAACAUCGGUCAGUAGCAGAUAGAGGGAUGCACGCCUCUCUCAGAAGAUUAUCCUCACGCUUAUUGGUUCAGAUUACCAAUCACAAUAAUGAUGCAAAGGAGAAGAAACACAAUGGAGAACCCUUUAUUCUGUUCAUCUCACAGCCAACAUCAUGGAUGGAUUCAAGUCUCAGAUAUGAGGGGUCCUGCAGGCCACUGGACGUCAUGUGGUCACCCGUGUGCUGAACGUGCCGUGUGGAACCCCAAAUUCUGUGUGGUCACCGACUAUCAAAUGCUGCUGCUGGACAAAGAGGAGAUACACCCUCUGCUCCUACAGGAGAAGAGGACUGACACCUGCAAAUCCAGACUGCUGCGUCGUACCAUCAGUGUUCCUGUGGAGACGCAGUUCCCGGAAUUCCAGUAUAAUCUCUCAGUGGACAACAACUCUCCACCUGAGAAAACAGGGCGGAGACGUAGCAUGCCGGGCUCCGCCCCUGACAAAGCCCCACCUACAAUGGAGCCCACUGCCACUGCUGCUACACCCUUCAGGGUUACAGGGUUUUUGAGUCGCAGGUUAAAGGGCUCAAUAAAGCGGACUAAGAGUCAGCCUAAACUGGACAGGAACAGCAGUUUCAGACACAUCCUGCCAGGCUUCAGACCAGUGGACAACGACAGGUCUCAUCUGAUGCCCAGGCUGAAGGAGUCGCGCUCUCACGAGUCUUUGCUCAGUCCCAGCAGUGCAGUAGAAGCUCUGGACCUCAGCAUGGAGGAAGAGGUCCUUAUUAAACCAGUGCAUAGCUCCAUCCUCGGGCAAGAUUACUGCUUUGAGGUGAGCACCUCCACAGGUAGUAAGUGCUUUUCCUGUCGUUCAGCCGCAGAGAGAGACAAAUGGAUGGAGAACCUGCGACGGGCUAUCCACCCUAAUAAGGACAACAGUCGGCGGGUUGAGAAUACACUCCAGCUGUGGAUCAUCGAAGCUAAGGACCUUCCGGCCAAGAAAAAGUACUUCUGUGAGCUCUGCUUGGACGACGGCCUCUAUGCCCGCACCACCUGCAAGCUGAAGACGGAUAACGUCUUCUGGGGUGAACACUUUGAGUUCAAUAACCUCCCUACGGUCCAGAACAUCACCGUCCAUCUCUAUAGGGACUCGGACAAGAAGAAGAAAAAAGACAAGAACAACUACGUGGGGCUGGUGAGCAUUCCAGCUGUGAAUGUCACGAGCAGGCAGCUGGUCGAGAAAUGGUACCCAGUUAGCCAACCCAAUCCAGGGAAAGGAAAAACGGCUGGACCCAUGGUCCGCAUCAAGGCCCGGUACCAGAGCAUGAACAUCCUGCCCAUGGAGCUCUACAAAGAGUUUGCCGAGUACACCACCAACAACUACAUGCUGCUCUGCUCUGUGCUGGAGCCAGUCAUCAGCGUCAAGAACAAAGAGGAGAUGGCCUGCGCUCUGGUGCACAUCUUACAGAGCACCGGCAAAGCAAAGGACUUCCUGACAGAUCUGAUGAUGUCGGAGGUGGAUCGAUGCGGGGAGAAUGAGCACCUGAUCUUCAGAGAGAAUACGCUGGGCACUAAAGCUAUCGAGGAGUACCUCAAACUGGUUGGACAGAAGUAUCUGCAAGAUGCACUGGGUGAGUUUAUAAAGGCUCUUUAUGAAUCUGAUGAGAACUGUGAGGUGGACCCAUCCAAAUGUUCAUCUAGCGAUCUAGCUGAACAUCAGAGCAACCUUAGGAUGUGCUGUGAGCUGGCUUUCUGCAAGAUCAUUGAGUCUUACCGUGUGUUUCCACGGGAACUUAAGGAGGUGUUUGCGUCAUGGAGACAGGAAUGUGGUAAUCGAGGGCGACCGGAUAUCAGCGAGCGUCUUAUCAGCGCCUCGUUGUUUUUGCGAUUUCUGUGUCCGGCAAUCAUGUCGCCUUCUCUCUUCAACUUGACACAGGAGUACCCAGACGACCGCACUGCACGCACACUCACUCUUAUCGCCAAGGUUACACAGAACCUCGCAAACUUCACCAAGUUUGGUAAUAAGGAGGAGUACAUGUCCUUCAUGAAUCAGUUCUUGGAGCAGGAGUGGACCAACAUGCAGCGCUUCCUACUGGAGAUCUCUAACCCAGAGACCAUCUCAAAUACUGCAGGCUUCGAGGGCUAUAUUGACCUGGGCCGUGAGCUCUCCACCUUGCACUCCCUUCUAGCUGAGGUGGUGUCCCAAAUGGACCAGAGUGCUACCUCCAAGCUUGGCCCAUUACCUAGAAUACUGAGGGACGUACAUGGAGCGUUAACAAACCCAUCAAACGUACAGAUGAGCGUUCCUCCUGAUCGUGUGCCAUCCCCUCCAGCCCCUGGAUGCAGCAUCUCCAGUGGAUUACAAAAGAUGGCCAUUGACAGUGACCUACCAGGCCCAAUGGACUUCACUCGCCUUCCUUCCCCCACCCCUGAAAACAAAGACCUCUUCUUCGUUACACGCUCUUCUGGCCUCCAGGGCUCCCCUGCCCGCAGCUCUAGCUACUCCGAGGCCAACGAACACGAGCUGGGUCUGGCCAAUGGUGGCAAGAGCCUGUCCAUGGUAGACCUGCAGGAAGCGGCCAGGGCGUUAGAACCUAUUGCCAUCCCGGUAGGGAUCACUUCAGAAGGUUUAGGUGAUGGUGCCAUGGUUCCCUGGAAUGCACGGACUCCCCAAGGUAAUGUUACCGGAGGCCCUACUUUUCACAGGCCAGGACAGACUCCCACUACCCCAGGAGCAGAAGGUGCCCCAGGCAGGCCUACACAGCUUUUGGCCCCGCUAUCAUUUCAGAAUCCAGUGUACCAGAUGGCAGCAGGGUUGCCCGUGUCAGCUAGAGGCAAUGCGAGUGGGGAUUCUGGGUCAGAGUGUCACAGCUCCGUCAGUUCCCAUAGCAACAACGAGGAGGGUCUUGGAGGAACCAAACACACGUUCCUUACCCAGGGGGCUUCAGUGGCGGAGGAGUUUGGAAGGCGUUUGGGAGAUUCGAGACGACAGCUAUCGCUAACUGAUGCGCAGCAUGGAAACCAGCCUGCGGUUCCACGACAGAGCAGCGCUGGUCCUCAGCGACGGAUUGACCAGCCACCUCCACCCACACAGACUGCGCCCAGAGGACGAACUCCACCCAGCCUAUUGAACUCCACCCCCUACCCACGGCCUCCUAAUAACACUUUGAUGUCAUCAUCACCCGACUGGCCUGGAAAUGGUGCACGGCUUCGACAGCAGAGCUCCUCCUCUAAGGGGGACAGUCCAGAAACAAAGCAUCGCGCACCACAUAAACAGGCCCCAUCCCCUGUGAACCCCAGCGCACUGGACCGUACCGCUGCCUGGUUGAUGAAUGUGCCAUAUAUAGAGCAGGAGUCUGAGACGGAGCUUUGCAGAGAUGAGCACACACAAGCUGAAAAGUAUCAGGCGGAGAUCUGUAUGCUGCAGGAGCGACUGCGUGUGUCAGUGCACAGGCUGGAGGAAUAUGAGGCCCGGAUCAAGGGACAGGAGGAACAGGCACAGAAGAUGUUGCUGGAGUAUCAGGCCCGACUGGACGAGUCUGAAGAGAGAUUGAGACGGCAACAGGAAGACAAGGAUCUGCAGAUGAAGGGCAUCAUAAGCAGGUUGAUGUCUGUGGAGGAAGAGCUGAAGAAGGAUCAUGCUGAUAUGCAGGCAGCGAUUGACUCCAAACAGAAGAUCAUUGAUGCGCAGGAGAAACGGAUAGCAUCUCUGGACGCGGCUAACGCGAGGCUAAUGAGUGCCCUGUCACAGCUGAAGGAGCGCUACAGCAUGCAGACGCGGAACGGCAUCUCCCCCACCAACCCCACCAAGCUGCAGAUCACAGAGAACGGGGAGUUUCGCAACAGCUCCAACUGCUGAACGAAGAGCCCCGGAUCCACAGAGAGAAGGAAUGAAGACAGAGGACACGAGCAAGUGUGCAGAUAUUCUGUAAGUGAACACUGAGAGAAAUAAGGCAGGUGAGGAUACUGAACAUUGACCUUUGACGGUCUGCAAAGCGAAUGUUUGGAAAAGUGGCGCAAGAUCCACUUUAAACAUCCACUGGUGAGACUACUGUUCAAGUGCUUCAUGUUAGGACACACCACUAGACAUUCAUUCGUGUUUCACAACAACUAACUGUAAAAUAAA